AUGGCGUCCCCGAAGGGCUGCGCUCUCGGGCUCCUGCUCGCCCUGGCUGCGGCCGCGGUGGCCUCUGCCAAGGCAGACUGUAUCUGUGAAAAUUAUAAACUGACAACCAACUGCUCCACUUUGCCCAGCGGUCAAUGCCAGUGCACCUCGCUGGGCACACAGCAUCCUGUGAUCUGCUCGAAAUUGGCUUCCAAGUGUUUGGUCAUGAAGGCAGAGAUGAGCGGCUCCAAGUCAGGGAGGAGAGCGAAGCCUGAGGGCGCCAUCGAGAACAACGAUGGCCUCUAUGACCCUGAGUGUGACGAAAUGGGGCUCUUCAAGGCCAAGCAAUGCAAUGGCACUGCCACGUGCUGGUGUGUGAACUCCGCGGGUGUGCGCCGGACCGACAAGGGCACCGAAAUGACCUGCUCUGAGCGAGUGCGGACCUUCUGGAUCAUCAUCGAACUCAAACAUAAAAAGAGAGAAAAAUCGUUGAAUGCUGAUAAUUUGAGGGAAACACUCAAGCAAAUAAUGUUUACUCGUUAUCAAUUGGAUCCAAAAUAUGUCACAAAUGUUCUGUAUGAGAAUGAUAUUAUUACUAUCGAUCUGGUACAAAACUCUUCUCAAAAAACUCAGAAUGAAGUGGAUAUAGCUGAUGUGGCUUAUUAUUUUGAAAAAGAUGUCAAAGAUGAAUCAUUGUUCUUUAACAAAAAAAUGGACCUGGUUGUAGAUGGAGAAAAAUUGGAUUUGGAUCCUGGUCGAACUUUAAUUUACUAUGUCGAUGAAAAGCCACCUGAGUUUUCUAUGCAGGGCCUGCAGGCUGGGAUUAUUGCUGUCAUUGUUGUUGUCAUGUUAGCAGUUAUUGCUGGAGUUGUGGUGCUGGUUAUGUCCAGGAGGCGCCGAAGCACACAGUACGAGAAAGCGGAGAUAAAGGAGAUGGGUGAGAUGCGUCGGGGAGCCAGUGCCUGA